AAUAAAACAGAUAUUGGAAAAUAACAAAUGGUAAAUAAAAGAUAUCUUGUAUUGGCAAAAAACAAAAUUUGAAAUAUAACAAAAAUGAUUUGCCGAUUGUGUUUAAUCGAAUCGAAUGAUGUGUUAAAAAUAUACACCGAUGAAGGUGAAAUGGCUGAAAGGGAUAUUUUAAAAAUAGUAGCGAGACAUUUCCAAAUUGAGAUUCGUUACGAUGAUGCUGUGUCUAAUAUGAUUUGUUUGAAGUGUUGGGGUAGCAUCUCCGACUUUCAUAAAUAUUGGUUAAGUAUUGAAGAAAAACAAAAGACGCUUAAUAGUCAUUUAGAAUAUACACAAAUAAAACGUGAUAUCGAUGAGGUAGAGACGGAAGUUAGCAAUUUCGAAAUUAAUUUUUUAAACCAAAACAAACUAGAUGUGGAAUUAGGAGAUCCGGAAAUAGCUGCGGGAGAUUUUGGUAAUAAUUGUUUAAACCAGAACAAAGUAGAUGAGGAAUUAUGUGAGCAGGAGAUAGAUAUGAAUAUAGGAAGUGCAGUUAUAAAUGAUGUUGAAACUGUUUUUAUUGCUGCAAAAAUUGAACAAAACGAUGAAGAGUCAGAGAUAGAUAACGAUGUUUUUGCAUCGUCUCUAGAUGAUAUAGAUAAUCUAUCCAAAGAGACCGCUGAAGCCGAGGAAACAAUUAGACAGAAACGUAAAUAUACAAAGCGGAGCAAAAUAUCAGAAAAAUCCUCAUCAGAAACACAAAAGAGAAAAAGAGGUCGUCCCAGAUUAAGCGAAGCGCCAAAAAAGAAAAAAGAUAUUAAGGAAAACAAAACUAGUUAUCGUAAAAGUUAUCAAGAAACGUUAAAAUCUAUUGAAGAAAGUGACAAAUUUUUAGCUGAUAAUACUCAAUUAAGUUGCAGCAUUUGUGGGGAGCAUUUAAAAGAUUUCAGAGAAUUAAAAACACAUUUUCGUCAAAAACAUCAAUGUAUCGGCUAUACAGUUUGUUGUGAUUUACGAUUUUACAAACGCACUUUAUAUGUAGACCAUAUAAAGUUACAUAAGGAUCCAGAUUAUUUUAAAUGUUCUAUCUGCAAUAAGCAAUUGAUAAGUCGGAAAAAUUUUGCGAAUCAUAUGCACUCUUUGCACCCAGCAGAGGAAAAUCUCCUAUUUGAGUGUACCCAAUGCUCGAAAAAGUUUUCUAAGCAGUAUAUUUUAGAUAGUCACAUAAAAAUUCGUCAUUCAGCUAAGGACCAAAUAUGUAAAUUAUGUGAUAAGGCUUUUAGCAGUGUAUCAAUUUUACGGCAACACCAAAAAAAUGUCCAUCUAAAUGAAUUUGAAUCUGUGUGCGAUAUAUGUGGAAAGCGUUUAAGAAACCCAGCAAACCUGCAAUAUCAUAUGGAUAAUAUUCAUAAUACGGAACCACGUCCGGAGGUUGAAUGUACCCUUUGCCAUAAAUGGUUGAAAAGUGAGCGUAGUUUACGGAAGCAUAUGAUAUCUCAUCGUGAUGUUGAAUCUGGUACUAUUUUCAAAUGCUCGCAAUGUGGUGUAGAGAAGAAGUCAAGGCAUUCGCUUUCGUCGCAUAUACGAUAUCAUCAUUCCAAUCGAAUUUUCCCUUGUACGGUGUGCACGAAGGAAUUUAAAACUCCAAUAGCACUGAAGGAACAUGAAGCGACACAUACUGGUGUGGAUUUAUAUACCUGUCCUUUCUGUCCAAAAACGUUUCGAUCGCACGCAAAUAUGCAUAAACAUAAAUUACACAGUCAUUCAGACGAAUGGGUUCGGAAGUACGCACAGCCAAAUGAGUAUACUCAAAGUUUAUUGAACAAAUCGCGCAACACCGAGACGUAAUCAUGAAACAAAUAAUGCGUUUAUGUGUAAAUAUACAUAUACACUUUUUUUUUUAACUAUAAUACUUCAUAACAUCAAAUAUACUAAUACAUAUACCCAUUAA